GGAGGGAGGAGACUUGGGGUGGGGUGGGAUCAGGCUGAGAAGACUCCCAGCUGGCUCCCAGCUCUGAGCCUCAGCCCCUCACACCCAGGCCACACAGCCGGUCAGGAGCAGGCCAGGGGUGAGGCUGUGCCUCAGCACUGAGCUGUGUUUGCUGUGGAAGAUGUUGGCUCCCGGGGUUGCCUUGCCCCCCCUCCGUCCCCCACCUCAGCUAAGCCGGACUCGUCUGUAAAGUGGGCAGAGGCAGGAGGCAGCUGAGACCUGGUCUCCUGCCCGCGGACUGUACACAGGAGAUGCUUUGCCCGCAGCCGUUCGGCCUUAGCCCAGCAGCCCCAGAUGUGGGGACUCUCCUUACUAGCUGUGGAAACCCAGCCCUAGAGGGCCCUAGGGCGGGACAGGAAGAGGCCCCCCGAGGCACUUCCUUUCCCCUGAGUCUCAAGGGAAAUUGGGGCUGGUUGCACCCAGCUCCCACUCACCACCUGCUUCAUUAAGAUACUGGGGUGAAGCUUGCAGAACUGCUGUGUAACCUUGGGUGAGGUCCUGCCCCUCUCUGGGCCUCUGGGGAGCCAUCUGUGAAAAAGACUCACCACAUCCGCCGCCCCCUCUUCUGGGGUUACGGCCUCCAGGGCUCCAGGUGGCCCUGGGAGAAGAUAGGAGCCCUUCAUUUCAGUCCCACAGUCCCCUUCUCCACGCAGCCUCCCAGGGUGAUCGCUGCGUCUAUAGCCUCUGCCCCUCCGUUAGGUAUUGCUCUGACCCCCAUGCUGCUGUGGUCACUCUGACUGCAGGGGACCGUGUCCGGCUAUGGCCGCCCCCCACUGAGGGUUCCCAGGGUCGUUCUAAGGCACCUCAAAGGUGGCGUCGCCUUCAGGGUAGGGGGUGGGUUGGAGCAGCUGUGCAUCUUGCUGCCACCAGAGGGCGCCGGCGCCCUGCAGACCGCGACUAGGAAAAGUUCAUUGAGGUUCUCGGAGUAAACUGAGGCCCAGAGAGGAGGACAAACCGUCUGGAGGGCUCGCUGCAGCCCUGGCCCUCGGGGUUCCUGGGACGUCCCCUCCACUUGCAUCUAUCUGCGAGGGGACUGAGGCUAGGGGGUGCCAACAGCCGGCCCAAGGGCUACGCCGGGGCGCGGGGGGCUUGUAGGAGUUUGCUGGGGCCUCAAGUUGCGACAGGAACAUGGGCUGGUGGGAACAGCUUGGGCAAAAGCGCUGAGGGAGCCUGGGUGGCGGCAUGUGGGGAGUGGGUUGAUGACCUGGGAGCCAGGCUCUCGGGGGGAGGGGGAUGCCCGAUGCCCGAGCACGGUUGUCUACAAACCACAAACGUGGAACCUUAGGUUCCAGAGGUUGUCACUAGCCCGGGGUCACCCAGCUGAGCGGGAUUCGAAUCACAGGCAGGGGGCAGGGGCGCCCAAGCAGAAGCAGGCCCUACCUACUUCCUCCUCCUUCCCCCAUCGCUUAGAGGGGGUGAACUGACGCCCAGGGUGGCCCUAGGCUCUCAGGGCCCCAGUGGGGCCGGGCCAUCCCCCAGCCUUCCUGCUCGGGGCAGAACAUGCCUUGGGUCAGAUCUGCAAGUGGUGACCCGCUGAUGAUUAAACCUAGUGGCAAAAUGCUCUAGCUGGGUGACCUCAAGCCCGGGGCCCGCCUCCGGCCCUAAGCUUCCCCACUGUAGCCCCGAGGGUCCCCGAGAGACCGGUACUGGACCGCGACGCUUCGGUUUCACUCUGGGGCCCACCAGGGCAGAGGGCACUUGGGGGUUUGUUAUUUUGCUCCACGCCUGGGCGGAGCCCCGCCCCUCGCCGCGCAUUGGCGUAUUCCUCUCUGGGGGCGGGGCCCGCGCGUCGCCCCGCCCCGCCCGCCGUAUAAAGGCAGCGCCGGCGCAGGGCGCGCAGGAAUUUUUGACCUGGUCGGCAAGUGCGCCUGCGCGCCCCGGGCAGGUUCGCGUUCCGAGGCUGUAGCCUCCGCACCUCGUACCGCCGCGUCGCGGGUUCGAGGCCAAGGUCUGGGCGUCGCGGGUUCGCAUCCCGGGCGCGAUGCUGUUCGACAAGGUGAAGGCGUUCGUGGUGCAGCUGGAUGGCGCGAGCGCGGGCGCCGAGCCGGUUUUCAGCGGCGGCCAGGCCGUCGCGGGCCGGGUCCUGCUGGAGCUGGCGGGCCCGGCGCGCGUGGGCGCCCUGAAGCUGCGCGCCCGGGGCCGCGCCCACGUGCACUGGACCGAGUCGCGCAGCGCGGGCUCCAGCACCGCGUACACGCAGAGCUACAGCGAGCGUGUGGAGGUCGUGAGCCACCGUGCCACGCUACUCGCGCCAGACACCGGGGAGACCACGACGCUGCCUGCGGGUCGCCACGAAUUCCCGUUCAGCUUCCAGCUGCCUCCGACCCUGGUAACAUCAUUCGAGGGUAAGCAUGGCAGUGUCCGCUACUGCAUCAAGGCCACCCUGCACCGGCCCUGGGUCCCUGCCCGCCGGGCGAGGAAGGUGUUUACUGUCAUUGAGCCUGUGGACAUCAACACCCCUGCCCUGCUGGCCCCUCAGGCGGGAGCUCUAGAGAAGGUCGCCCGAUCCUGGUACAGCAACCGUGGUCUUGUCUCUCUCUCCGCCAAGAUCGACCGAAAGGGUUACACGCCAGGUGAGGUCAUCCCAGUCUUCGCUGAGAUCGACAAUGGCUCCACGCGCCCAGUGCUUCCUCGGGCCGCAGUGGUCCAGACGCAGACCUUCAUGGCUCGGGGCGCUCGCAAGCAGAAACGAGCAGUGGUGGCCAGUCUCGCCGGCGAGCCUGUGGGUCCUGGGCGGCGGGCGCUGUGGCAGGGCCGCGCGCUGCGGAUCCCCCCUGUGGGCCCUUCCAUCCUGCACUGCCGGGUGCUACAUGUGGACUACUCCCUCAAGGUCUGCGUGGACAUCCCUGGCACAUCCAAGUUGCUCCUGGAGCUGCCACUGGUCAUCGGCACCAUCCCCCUGCACCCUUUUGGGAGCCGCUCAUCCAGCGUGGGCAGCCACGCCAGCUUCCUGCUGGACUGGGGGCUGGGAGCCCCGCCAGAGCGGCCUGAGGCCCCUCCCGAGUACUCAGAGGUGGUGGCAGACGGGGAGGUGGCAGCCGUGGGGCAGAGCUCCUUUCCACCACUGCAGGACACUGACUUGAGCUUCGAAGGCCCCUUCUUCGCCUAUAUCCAGGAAUUCCGCUACCGCCCGCCACCCCUGUACUCCGAGGAGGAUCCAAACCCACCCUCAGAGACCAUGAGGCCACGCUGCAUGACCUGCUGAGCAAGUGGAUACCUCAAGGGAUGAGGUCGCCCACAUGCUUCCGGCCACAUGGAGAGUAGCUGUCUCCAGAGCAGACCAACCGGACGGCAUUGAAGUUGGGGAAUCCGAGUCUCAGAACAGGGCAGGGCUUUCCAACAUCACAGGGGACAGAGGAAGAGCCAGGCGGGAAUCUGAUUUAGCUGGCCUGGUCCUCACAAGGCAGUGAAUGCCCACUGUCGGAAUCUGUCUGUCUCCGCUGGCCCGUGAACAGGGCUCGGCAACCCCAGGAGCUUCUAGUCUGGGAGAGAUGUAGCCAGACAUAAAUACUUCCAGUCUCAUGGGACCAGAGGAAGAGACCCAGAGCUGGGAGAGUCCAAACAGGAGCAGAGAAGGCUUCCUGGAGCAAAGGGCAUUCUAGCUGAGGCCUUGGCAUACAAGCGACAGCUCAGCGCGCAGACAAGCAAGAGGAAGAAGUCGGAGAAGGUCAGAGCUGAGUGAUAUUUGGAGAUCACCCCCUUCGUCUUAGAACCGGGGCUCAGAGGGCAAGUGCCUCAGUUGAGGCCACGCGGCAAGGUCCGGCAGGCGAGAGGGCCCAGGAACCGGUGCAUUUGGGGAAGCAAGUCCUUGGAACUCUGUGGGACCUGUGGGUGGCAGGGGCAACUGCUCCAGCCUUUGGAAGCCAGAGAGACUCCUGGUCCAGGCCGGGACUGUCUGGGGGCUCCUCCAAGUGCUCCAGGACAUGAGACCUGUCUGCAUAUCAUAUGACCCAAAAAACCCGGUUCAAAAUAUUCAGCCAGGCCCUGGGGACAGAGGUCAGCCUGGGGUAACAGAGCAGGGCCAGUGCAGCUCUGGAGACCUCCUGUAGGGAAGGAGGGACAAAGUAUGAGGGGGCAGCCGGACCAGCCCCUGGUUGCAGAGUCUCACCCGUGGCUGGGGCGGGGCCCCUGCCUGGGACUCAGCAUUUCUGAUAAGCCUUAAAUUGUUCUCUUUUUUACAGUUUUUGUUUUUGUUUUUUUAAAUAAAAGUGUGGGGGAAGAGACUGGGUUUACCGGUUUAUUUUCCUCAGCUGCCAAGAAA